AUGAUUUUGGAGAAACUUGAAGGUAGUUUUACAGAUCAAUAUAAUAAGCUUGUUGCCUAUGCCAAUGAAUUGAAACUUAGCAAUCCUGGGAGUGAUGUCAUAAUUAACUUAUCAAAAGAUGCUCUUGAAGAAGGUAAAAGGAGAUUUUUAAGGAUGUAUAUUUGUUUUCAAGCAAUGAAGUCUGGUUUUAAGAGUGGUUUGAGGCCUUUCAUUGGAUUGGAUGGAACAUUUUUGAAAGGGAAGGCUAAAGGUCAGCUGUUGGUGGCUGUUGGUCAAGAUUCUGCCAAUCAUUUCUAUCCAUUGGCUUGGGCUAUUGUUGACAAAGAAACAAAACUUACUUGGAAGUGGUUCUUAGGUUACCUACAGACUUCACUAGACCUGAAAAUGGGUGAAGGGAUCACAUUUAUAUCAUAUAUGCAGAAGGGGUUGAUUGACUCAAUCCAAACUGUUCUUCUAGAGUCACACUUUAGAUUUUGUGUAAGACAUAUAGAAGCAAAUUGGUGCAAGAGAUGGGGCUCUGGUGAAUUCAAAAAAUUGCUUUGGUGGGCUGCAUGCAGUACUUAUGAAGAGGACUUCAAAGAUCAGAUAAAGAAUAUGAGUCAAGUAGAUGAUGAUGGAAAGGAAGCUGUGAAGGAUUUGUUGAAGUAUCCACCAAAAUGUUGGAGUAGGGCAUUCUUUGAUAGUGUUUGCAAGAACCAAGUUGUAGACAACAACUUGACUGAGUCAUUCAAUGCUUGGAUCUUGCAAGCAAGGAACAAGCCAAUCAUUAAGAUGCUUGAGGAUAUUAGAAUCAAGGUGAUGAAUAUGAUUACUGAACAUGAAGCUGAGGUGAUGUCAUGGGGAAAUGAAUACAGUCCUAAAACCAUGGAGUUGUACAACCAAUUCAUGAGGAUUGCAUUGAAGUGUCAUGUUAAUGGCAGUGCAGCCCAUGGAUAUGAGGUGACUGAAAGUAGUGACGGGCACAUUGUGAAUUUGAUAUUAAAGAAAUGUACCCGCAAGGCAUGGGAUCUUUGUGGCAUUCCAUGUCCUCAUGCAAUAUGUGCAUUAUUGCACAAGAAAGUGGACUAA